AUGGUUGGCAACAUUCUCGUUACAGGCGCAUCGGGUUACAUCGGGGGAUCCAUUGUCGCUGAAAUUUUGAACCGCAAAAGAGGUGGCACUCCUGAGACUUUGAUCAUCCAUGCAGCCGUGCGUUCGCUGGAACAGGCCCACAGCUUGAAAAGCCUGGAUGUCACUGCCGUCCAAUUGAAUCUCAAUGAUGAAACUGCGGUAACAGAUUACAUACCUUCCAAUGAUAUUGAUUUGGUCAUCAACAAUGCAACUUCCAUUGAUCCCAAAAUUGCUUCGAAUCUUAUUUCAGGGCUACAGAAGCAACGUGAAGCAACAGGGAAGGGGGUCUUCUUUAUACAGACGACCGGUCUUUCAGCCUUCGACGAGAAUACAAACUGGCCAUUCGGUGAAGUGAAAGACACUAACAACGUCUAUGACCUUGAGAGGCAAUCCAGGGAGACGUAUAUUGUUCGAGAGGUCGACGCAUUUGUUAUCGAACAGUCGAAGAAGGCCGGCGUUACCAGCUUCCUAAUCUUCCCCCCAACUCUUCACGGUCGUGGCUCUGGAACAUGGAAUCAGCUCUCACCUCAGAUACCAGCUCUUAUUCAGGCUAGUAUCAAUUACAAGCAAGUCUAUAAAUUUGGUGAAUGCAGAGACGCGCCUCUGGCACAUGUGUCAGAUGUUGCAAGGUUUUAUGGCCAGUUGAUUGAGUCUAUUUUCGUGGGUAAGAAACUUCCUGCUGGAGAAGAUGGCCAUUACUUUCUUGUUUCGCACGUCGUCUCUUGGUGGGACAUUAUGGAUCAACUUGCUGCAAACCUCCACGCACGGGGUCUAGUCACGACGGAAUCUACUAAAAUAUGGCCGUCUGACGAAAUGGCGGCUGAGUCAGUUGGCGUACCAGCCAGCUUUGCCCACAGCAUGUGGAAUUCGAGCCCGAAAGUACUAUCUAAGAAGGGAAACAUUAUUGGGUGGAAGCCCGUGUGGACUAGAGAGUCAUUCCUAAACAGCCUUGGCCAGGAGGUCGAUGACUUUCUGGAGUUGGGUUUACCCAAGAGCAGCCUCCUGCACUCACUGAAACCGGUUUCUGGUCACAGUACGAACUAA